CGCGUGAUCGAUUCGCCAUGCAGCAGGAGCUGCCCGCGUCCUGGGCACCGAAGCGCACAGUCUGGUUGAAUACUGGAGCACCCAUGCCGCUUUUGGGGCUGGGCACCUUCCGCCUGCAGGGCGAAGAGGCAGUACAGCUCAGCCUGGACGCUGCUCUGGAGAACGGCUACCGCUUGCUGGACACAGCUGCCGUCUAUCACAACGAGGCCGCCAUUGGCCACGCACUGGGCAAGCUGCUGCCACGCCACGGCCUCACUCGCAGCGACGUCUUCCUGACCAGCAAGUUGAGCCCAAGGGACCACGGAGAGGAACUGGCUGAAGAAGCCUGCCUCAGAAGCCUGAAGGAACUGGGCUGUGAUUACUUGGACCUCUACCUCAUCCACUGGCCAGGCACGCAAGGACGGCCCCAGGAGGACCCAGGAAACCGGGAACGCCGUCGACAGAGCUGGCGGGCUCUGGAGAGGCUGCAUGGAGCCGGGAAGCUCCGAGCCAUCGGUGUUUCUAAUUACACCGUCCGACACCUAGAGGAGCUGCUGGAGGACUGCCAGGUGCGCCCAGCAGUUCUCCAAGUGGAAUUCCACCCAGAACUGGUGCAGUCGGAGCUGCUGUCCUUCUGUCGCCAGGAGGGCAUCCACCUACAGGCCUACUCGUCACUUGGGGCCGGCCAGUUAGUGGGGAGGCCAGAGGUGGCGAAUAUCGCUGCGAGGCGAGGGCAGUCACCCGCCCAGGUCUUGCUGCGCUGGGCUCUUCAGCAAGGCGUCAGCGUGAUCCCCAAGUCGGCCUCUCCCAGUCGUGUGGCUGAAAACAGCCAGCUCUGGAGCUGGGACUUGAGCCAAGCAGAUAUGGAAGAACUGAGCUCAAUGGAUUGUGGGAAACACUACUGCUGGGACCCCAGCGGUGUGGCCUAGGAGUGCAGGGCAGAGGCAAGAGCGGUGGCAAAACCCGGUCCAGAAGAAAAGACCCACCUGGCUCCGAGGUGCAACCUGGCCUCCAAAUCUGGAAUGGUAUGGCCUUCCUCUUCCACUGCAACCAGCAUUUGAGGCCUCUCUCCGAGCUUCACCCCCCACUCCAUUUUUGCUGGACAGCCGUUUUCAGCCAUUUGGCUUGGAGGGAGAAAGACGGGGGCUGCAGGGGGACAAAUCAUGCCCUCCCCUCUGCAUUCUCCCUCACUCUUUACCCCCUCACUGAGGCCGAGUUCCCAGCCUUGGUGUGGCAGGCAGUGCUUCCCAUGCUGAGCACUCUUGUCACCGACCUCAGACAUGGCAAUCUGAAGUAUUCUGCAUCCGCCUAGACCAUGCCUAGCCGGCAGUAAAAUCGCUCGCUCCCUAAUCUUGUUCCCGUUUGCGGUGGGUCAUCUUUAUUUAUGGGAAAGGGAGCAGAGGGCUCAGCCCAGUGGGGCUGCUGCGUCCCUCAUCAGAGGAGGAUGGUCACAGAGGCGGUUCUCGUCUCCGGAUCCCUCCUCUGCUGAAAGUCAGCUGAAUGGCUGAGUUUGACUGUCUAGCUGCAGCAAUUCCAAUGGGGAAGGAAGCAGGCCGGAGCACUGCAGGGCAUCUGGCUGACCGCCGUCCCCUGGAACAUCCUCUUCUUCUGCCUUUUCUCUGAGGUCACCCGUAGGACCUCAGAGGAGCAGCCACUGUACUUUGUUCUACAUCAGCGGUGAGGUGGGAUUUGAGUGUGGAGUACCAGCUCUGAGGUUUGGCCUUUUUCCUCUCCUUCCAGACACAUUUGGACUGCAAUACCCAGAACUCCCAGUGAAGAGCCCGACCGGAUGGGAAUUCUGGGAGUUGCAGUCCUAAUGCCUCUGAAGGCCAACCAGGUUGGGGACAGCGGCAUAACAGCAUACAGCCCUCGUAAGGACCAUAGGAUCACUCUGUAAGAAAUCUGGAAGAUAAUUAACAUCAACUGUAAUCAUAUCGCAUCUGUCCCAACAAUGUUUAAUUUUAACGAAGGAACAGCACAAUGAGAGCUGCAAGUUUUCCUCUUCCCUGCUCAAACUAUCAGGACCCAGAAACAGAAUUCUAAAGCACAAGAAUCCAAAAUCUGUGAUUCCCUUUGCGUAUUUCCAGAUUCUUUUGUGAUGUAGCAAAGGCCCACUUAUUGUUUUGACUGGCUUCUACUGCGGGAUGGUGCUUCUGUCCUAGAAAAGUUGAUGAGCAGGAGAACAAUAAAUGAUGGCCUGAAAUGUAGUCAAAGGCAGUGACACACCAUAAGACAGAAUUAACAUUUAAUAAAAGCUCAUACAAAUUUCUCCAUAGGGAAAUAAACUUAGGGCUCUUACGUUAGCAA